AUGGCAACCCUUAACUUUAAAUAUGCACUGAGAGAAAUAGAGGGAACCCCAGAACAGCGUGAAACAGGUGCUGAAGGAGUUUAUCCGACCCCACCACCAUAUGCAUUUGGAGGACCACAGCCCCCAGGUGCUGAAAGAGCACAUCCAGUCCCACCACCAUAUGGAUUUGGAGGACCACAGACCCCAGGUGUUGGAGUAGCUCACCCAACUGCACCAGGAGUUGGAGGACUACAGCCCACAGUGGUUAUGGCCCCUGUAACAACAGUGGUCAUGGCAACAUCAUUUGCUGACACUCCAGCAUCAUGCACCUGUCCUGUUUGUCGCGAGAACAUAUUGACACGUAUACAACAUACCAAUGGACUCCUAGUCUGGGUUAUCUUUGGCACCAUGAUUCUGGUCGGAUGCUGGUUAGGAUGCUGCCUGAUUCCUUUCUGCAUGGACAGCUGUAAGGAUGUCGAUCAUUAUUGCCCCAAAUGCAAUCAUCACCUAUCAAAAUAUAAAAGGCUCUGAAUGAGAUUCCUCAGCUGUCUAGAAAAAAGAAGCAUAAACCCAGUUUGCCUCCUAAUGGCCUCAAACCUGUCUAUUCACUGCUGAGGACAUUUGCUAAAACCACUAUUUCUCACUUGGGAAAAGGAACUAGACCGGGAAUUCACCGCUAAAAAUUGGUCAAAAUCAUUGCAUUUUAUAGCAAAUACAUUUAAAUGCUCUAUACUUUAUGAGCCUGCAAUGAAAACUGUAGGCAACAAAACUCACGAUCACUAAUGGUUAAAAUCCCCCCUUUAUGUAAGAUUGUGAGCAUGGUCAAUACAUCAUGCUCUCAUGAAUAAAUGCUAGCUUACAUGAAACAUUAAUAUCCUAAAUUUGGGGAAGCCUGGAGGACUUGCAUC